AUGCCAGCUCCUCUAGAUCUCAGCAAAUCCAAACUGUCGGUUUCUGACCCGCGGAUGAACCUGCGACGAUCUGCCUCACAUACCAACACCACCAAUUACGAGAAGAUACCACUAUCUGCCACCUCGUCCCGCUUCAGCUUCAACCACCUGCUCUUCUCGUCGCCGCCGCCAUCGCCAAGCCUACCGGCCCUUAUCCCGCCUCCCCGAAAAUCACCCAUCCACCCGCGACCCAGCCGCGUUUUUCGGUUCACGUUUUGGUUUGCGUUUGGAGCGCUGUUCCUCUACUUUGCAACCUUUCCUUUCCGGAGCAGCUUCGGCGUGCCGAAGCUCAACUUGCCUCAUCUCGGCAAUAACGAUGACUUUGAGAUGGUCGGGCAAGAUGAUUUGCCAGACUUCCCGACCCCCAUCGUCAUCACCGACAGGAGCGGAAAAUCCAAAUGGACCGUGUCGAUCCCCCCGAGUUACGACUUCCCAUUGUCAGUGAAGGAAUAUGGAGAUAUGUGCAGCAAGUGCCGCGAGGUGGCUACUCGUGUGAGGGACAUGCGCCACCGGUCUCAGAUGACCGAUCAGAACCUCUUGAGCAACAAUGCUCCAGCUGAUCCAUACUUCAUCGACGUGACGGAGGCUCAGGAGUCAGGUCUUCUCCCGGAUUUUGCCAAAAGCCAGUGGCCAAGCAAAGGUCAGGGUCGAGAUGGAGACCUUGUCGGAGAGAACAAGGACUCCUUGGUCGAGAAGCCGAUUUGCCAAAGGUCAAUGACAUUCGUGUUGGAGACUGAAGACGCCGGGAUCGGACACUCCAUCAUGCAGCUUUGGAACUUUUAUGGGCUUGCCCAGAGACAAGGCCGAGCCUUCUUCAUCGAUGAUUCCCGCUGGGCGUACGGCAAAUACACCGACAUUUUCCAACCGCCUCCCAUUCCCAACUGCCGCCCUCCACCACGUCACGAAAUGAUUCCCUGCCCUCCCCGAGCUCGCCACUUGGUGGUUACGUCGGAGACGGCCAAGGCUCUCUGGGCUGGUUCUCUGAGCAAGCCCUACGCCGAUUUCCGUGCACAGGAUGAGGAUGAACUACGCGAACUGUUCGAUCUGGCGCACGAGGGCUACAGGGCACUGUUUGAUCUAAACAAGGAUGACACUCAGUACGUUAUCAACAGGGUCAAAGAGAUCAAGACCAAAGUACUCACAAGUGACGCCGACUCAAAUGACGGCCUUGUAGUCGGCGUUCAUAUCCGACAUGGGGAUUGUCACCCGCUGGAAUACAAAUACCGCGGCACUUACGUCCCCAUGGAGAUCAUCGCCAACCGUGCCCAGGAGAUUAUCGAAGCCAACUACAACAACACCGGCAGAGAUGGUGCAGACGAUAAACUUGCCAAAAAGCAGUCGCUGAUCGUCAUGGCAUCCGACGACCCGGUUGUCUACGACUCUGAGGAUUUUAAGGGCUCGAUGCGUGCCCAGGAGCAGAUCCGUCUCGCCUCCAAACAGGAGACCCAUAAACCCGCCACGGACAAACACGUCAUGCAUCGUUUCGAAGACGAGUCUUUUGGCUGGGAGGGUGGCUUCUUUGCGGCCAUGUUCUGGAACCUCGGUCUGUCCUCCAUGAGCGCGUCCAAUGCUGCAACGGCAAAGAACAUGCAGUUGGCUCCCUCGGCUGAGACUCUUCGUCUCCGUGGCUACAUCGGUCGCGCCUACAUGAUGGACCUCGCGGUGCUUGCCAGCGCCAGCGACGCAAUUGUCUGCACCGUCAGUGCCAUGGGGUGCCGCCUGCUCGCCGUCAUGAUGGGUUGGGAAUCCGCCAUGGAGGCGCACAACUGGGUUAACGUCGACGGUCCCUACGGAUGGACUGGUAUGUCCUUCUGA